ACAUAGAAAACUUUUUGGGGAACAGCUGUGGUCCAUUACAUUUCCUGAUAGAGGAAGUUUACGAUAAAGCAACUAUGAAUGACUCCCUUUUGAACAAAUCUGGUGAGAACUGGAGAGCGGAAUCGGUUAUAAUAUCUCUGGUCUUCUCGCUCAUAUUCUUGGUCGGCACAGUCGGAAACUGCUUGGUCCUCACCGUCCUUCUCCGAAAUGGACAGAUGAACACAAAAACAACGAACCUUUUUAUUCUGAACCUUGGAGUGGCAGAUCUAUGCUUCAUAGUGUUCUGUGUGCCUUUUCAGGCCACUAUCUAUACAAUGGAUGAGUGGAUAUUUGGACCGUUCCUGUGCAAAGUGGUACAUUUUAUAAUCUAUCUCACCAUGUAUGCCAGCAUCUACACACUGGCGGCCGUGUCAUUGGACAGGUAUCUGGCCAUCCGCUACCCCCUCCGUUCCCGGAAGACGAGGACCCCUCGAAACGCCCUGUUGUCCAUCUGCAUGGUGUGGGCUUUGUCCCUGGUCUUCUCCAGCCCGUAUCUCAGCUACUACCGACUGAUGGACCUGGAUGGCACGGCGGUCUGCAUCCCCGCCUGGCACUUCCGCGACAGGCGACUCAUGGACGUUUGCACCUUCGUGUUCGGGUACCUCGUCCCUGUGCUCAUUCUCAGCCUGACGUACGCCCGAACCGUCCGCCACCUCUGGACCACGGUGAACCCCGUGGAGGACGUGGCCGAGUGCCAGAGAGCCAAGAGGAAGGUCACAAAGAUGAUCAUCGUCGUGGCGAUGCUCUUCUGCCUCUGCUGGCUUCCGCAUCACCUGGUCAUAUUGUGGAUGUGGUUCGGCCACUUCCCCCUGAACCACACCACCUACGUCCUCCGCGUCCUCUCCCACCUGGUGGCCUACGCCAACUCCUGCCUAAACCCCAUAGUCUACGCCCUGGCCUCCAAACACUUCCGGAAGGGCUUCCGCGCGGUGUUCGACUGCGCGUUCACUAAGAGGGUGGGGAACCGGGUGCAUGCGUUCCAGAUGCUCCAGACGUUCCAGGCUGUGCAGGCAGUCAGCACGGUGGAGGCGGGGUCCAGCGAGAUGUCCGACCUGUGCCACAGGUCACCGCCCGGAGGCUGGACCAGGAAAACCACACCUGGGAAAUAA